CGAAGAGUGGAAAGCCAACUCUCCGCGUUCCUUUUCAGUUUGGUUCAAACGUACAACUGUGUGGAUAUGUCGAGAGCUCAGACGAACCUUGGCCUCACGGACGAUCAGCGAUUCGCACUCAUGAAGAUGAGGCGAAAUGUAGCUGAUUGUCUGACGUUGCCUUAUCAUGAUGAUCAUUUCAUUCUUAGAUGGCUGAGAGCCCGAAAUUUUGACCCUGUCGCUGCUGAGAAAAUGCUUAGGAAUUCAUUGAAAUGGAGGAAAGAUUGGGGGGCAGAUACUAUUCAAGACUGGCCCACGCCUGAAAUCUUCAGAUAUUAUUAUCCAAGUGGUAUAUCAGGGUUUGAUAAGGAUGGUGCUCCAAUUUUCAUCUUGCCCUUUGCCGGAAUCGACAUCCAAGGGAUACUCCUGUCCGUCUCCAAAACUGACUUCAUCAAGAUGGCAUUAAAGACCCUCGAAAGCCACUUGCAGUUGGCAAGAGAACAGAUGUCAAAGCAUGGCAUAGAAGCAAGCAAAAUAGUAGCCAUCCUGGAUUUAACAGGAUUUAAUAUUAAACAAUAUGCAUGGAGGCCAGCGGCAGAAGCAGUCAUCACCCUUAUUCAAUUGUAUGAGGCAAAUUAUCCAGAAAUCUUGAAAGCAUGUUACAUCAUCAAUGUGCCAAGUAUGUUUUUCCUUGGAUUUUCCGUCGUCAAGGCUUUCCUGAAUGAUUACACACUAAGCAAAAUCAACAUUUAUAAAACUGACAAGAAUAAAUGGAAAGCGGCCAUACUCAGCAAUGUGGACCCAGAUCAACUGCCACAGAUCUACGGUGGAACUCAGUGCGAUCCUGACGGAGAUCCAGCAUGUCCUUCAAGGAUACAUCCUGGAGGAAAAAUUCCAAAAUCCUAUUAUCUGCGUAAUAAAGUCCACGAGGAUAAAAAUGAAGAAUACAUAGUGACCACAGUUAAAAAACGAGACAAACUGUUUCUCAAUUAUGAAGUCAAGGAGAUGGGAUCUUUCAUCAGAUGGGCCUUUUAUUCGGAUGGUCAUGACAUCAAAUUCGGCAUACUGAGAAGGGACAACACGAGUGGUGAAGAAGUGGUCGAAAUCCCGCCACACAGGGUCACGUCACAUCAGACGGAAGAAGAAGGGUUCUUUCAAUGUCAAGUGCUUGGCACAUAUGUGGUCGUAUUCGACAACAGCUACAGCUUCUUGAGGAACAAAAAACUUCAUUACAGCAUUUCAAUCACACCACCUCUGUCUAAAGACUUGAUUAAUGUUAAUAAUAGUUCAUUAGUGGAAAACUAAUGGAUGAAUAUUGUUUAAAUUAUUUGAUAACCUACUGUCAUAGGCUGUGAUUACAAAAUAUUGUUUAAAAAAAAAUUAACUAAUGGACAGAGAAUUUAGUUUUGCUCAAGAGUCAAUCUUCUAUUAGUUAAAAUUUACAUAUUUGUUAUAUUAUUGUUAUAAUGCUAUCCCCUAAAUAAAUAUUAACUUAGAAUAUUUAAACAAAUAUUCAACUGUUGUUUCAUUCGUGAGCAAAAAUGAAUAUACGCCAAGUGUGAAAAUAAAUAUCUAGUGAUAACUAAGAUUGACCGCCUAGAAUAUAUAAUAUUAGUCUUAUUUAGCUAAAUAUGUUUGUAUGUAUAUAUGUAUCUGUCUAUGUGCAUUGUUGUUUUUAUAA